UGAAAAUGAAGUCUAUAAACAAGAUUACUUUAUUAAGUCACCACCUCCUCAGCUUUUCUUCUCGGCAAACUCUUGGAAAAAGCGUUUCUUUAUCCUGUCAAAGAGUGGGGAAAAGGGCCUGAGCCUUUCUUAUUACAAAGACCAUCAGCACCGAGGGUCCAUCCAAAUUGAUCGAAGUUCCAGUGUAGAAGUUGGAAUAAACAGCCAGGAAAGGAUGCAAUCUGUGCAGAAGAUGUUUAAAUGCCACCCUGAGGAGGUGAUGUCCAUAAGAACCUCCAGCAGGGACUACUUCCUCAUCAGCCAAGACAGGGAGAAGAUCAAAGAUUGGGUCUCCUUCAUGUCAUCCUUUUGCUGGGACGUUGUUCAUCAAAACAUGGAGGAGAAGCAUUCAAUGGGUGAAAAAAGGCCUAUUUCGGAUCCCAGCCCUCUCUUUGGUUUUUUCAGCACAUCGGAGUCUGUGGGCCUUCCUGCACCAAGGACCAGCCUUCCAGACUAUUUAAUGGAAAAAUGUUCUCCAGGAUUCAAGCAAGCUCAUCUUCCUCAUGAUUUCUUGUCAGAGACCACGCAAGAUGCAGAGGAGGAAAGUUAUUAUCUUAGUCCACGGAGCAUUCUUUCAGAGUUGGACAACAUUGAUUCCAAUGGUCCUGGUAACUCCAUUGAACCCAGAAGUCCAGGCCAGGUCUCCGAGAAAACUGAAUGUUAUUACAUGACAAUGAAAUCCUACCGGAAGUGCUUUUUCAAAGAAACACCCCAUACGUCUACUGAUGGCCAAGAGGAAUCCCAGACCUUGCCUGAGGCCCAGGAUGGGGAGCUUCACUUGGAAGAACAAGAAUCAGGAAGUGACUUGUAUCUCUCACUGGCCAAUCCAGAAGCACAGACCACAAAUGAGAAAAGGGGGUCUGCCUCGCUAACUGUUGUGAAAUUGUCUAUAUUACUCAAUAACAUCCUGGAUGACAGCCAAGUGGAGACAGUGCAUUUGUUCCUUUCACCUCCUGAUAUCAUAAACUACCUUGCUCUCGUUGAAGCUGCAGGACGGAUAUGUGUGACUCGGUGGGAGGGCCCCCCACAUCUGGGAUGCUUGUUCUGCCACGGAGAUCACGUCUUGGCCGUGAAUGACCUGAAACCCCAGAACAUGGAGGAGGUGUCUUUGUUUCUCACACGGUCCAUCCAGAGGGAGAAAAUAAAACUCACCAUCGGCCGGAUUCCCAAUUCACCGAAAUUCCAUGCCACACCCUGUGCCUGCCCUUUAAAAUACCAAGCAGUCUCAUCUGUGCUACAAGAGAAGCAAGACUUUAACAGAGCACCGAAGAGGACUCCAGCCACCAAGAAGGUCCAGCUGCAAGGAACAGGAGAGUAG